AUGGCGAGGCGUACUUCGCAAAGACCGCUGGGACUGAUGUCCCGAGUAAUAGGACACCUCCUUCUCGAAUUCGCGCUUCACGACUCUUCUUCCUCGAUCUGCCGCCCUUGCUCACGGCCCUUCGAGUAUCGAGGUGCUUCGCAACUGCGUUCUUCACCAUGGGGCCCCGCUGCAUCACACUUACAGGUCAUGGGACCGUCUGUGCCGCGACAAUGCAGUAUGGCGCGCUUCUCGAGCAGCGCCAGUCGGGAUGGGUUAGACCUACGCCACGAGGUCAAGCCGCUUGACUCUGAUCCGCCGCCAUCACUGUCCGCAUCGAGGAUACUAGUGUCAGCACUGUUCAGGGUGAACUGGUUCAAGACACCAAGGCCGUGCAUGGAGAUGUUUCGGGGAUGGGUGCAGAUGCUGCCGGCGAGUGUGGGCGUGCAUGUGGAGGAGUACCAGGGUCGCUCGUGGAAGUUGAAGGCGAACAGACAUGAUGACAGGCUCAUCCUGGAAAAUACAGAACGGCUUCAUCGGGGAACCACCGACAUCAGCAACCUCCGGUAUCGCACGAGAGCAGCACUCCUUCAUUCGGCGGCGAACAUGUGGCGGAGGGAUGGGACGGAGACGAAGGGCGGGGAGGACGCGCAGCAGGACGAGGGAGAGGAAUUGCAGUACGUUCAUGCGUUCCGCAUGCUCAUCGUCUGCGAUUAUGAUGCUGCGACGUUCUACGGGCGGUCGGCGGGCUGGGAGGUGCACUUUUUGUCCCUUCAGGACGAGAAGCAUGUACCGAUAGUUCCUCGACUGCCGACGACAAACGCGACGCAUUGCCUGACUCGAUCACGCAAGUGGCGACGUCAUUCCCCUGCGCGCCGGCCGACGAAGAAGGCGCCUAAGUUCUUCGGCGCGUUCACUCGCCGGCAAAUCGUCGAGGACUUUCUCGCGCUAUUCUACGAAGAGGCCGCGCGACUACGCGAUGCGGGCGAGAACAUCGACGAUGCACUCACGACGUCCUCCGAGGCGUUCAACCUUCUCAAGGCAGCGCCGGCUUCGAGCUCGUCGCGCUACUAUGGCGAGCUUCCUGCGCCGCCGCGUAACGUUGAGUCGGUGCUGAAACGUCCGCCCAGCCUGGCGACGGCGGACGAAAUCAGCGUAAAAAUCAUCUGGGCACUCAUGGGCCUCAGUUCGAAAUUAGCGCAAGGCAUCGCGACUGAGCGCAUCGAAAGCUCCCCCUGCCGAGGUGCGGAGGCGGCGUGCACUCUUUUGGGAGCUGUUCAUCACGGACCGCUGGCAGGCUCUCGCCACUGGUCGACCUCCAACACCUUCAUUACGCUUCGUCAACGCCGAGCUUCCAGCUGA